ACCACUCUCAACAUUUUAGGAGCCUCAUCAAAUAGCAAAAUGAAGCUGGUUGAUGAUGUUGUUAGGAGUUUGCGUGUUGCAAAAAUAUUUAGAGAAAAUACUGAUCGUAUAAGUAGUUUGAAUUUUUCCGCAAAUGGCGAAACAUUAAUUACCAGUAGUGAUGACGAUUCAAUAGUUAUCUACGAUUGCUUAAAUGGAACGUAAGUGGAUAUAAUCAUUCUUACUUUAUUUUUAUUAAACUAAACACAUUUUUAGACUCUUACUCUUACUGACUUUAGUAACUUACUCUUAGUAUAAAAGUACUAAUAGUAAUAGGAGUAGGCCUGAGUAGGAGGCUUAUGACAAUUCAAAUGUCAAUACCAAAUAGGCCUACUUAGAAAGCCUAAAUUAACCCUUUCAAUUGGUAUUUUUCAUGCUCUAUCUGAUCCGCUUUUAACUAUAGAUUAAGGAGUAAAGAAAUAUAUAUAUAAUAGCAUUGAUAUAUGAAUAUGAUGUCGAUGUGACAUAUGGAUAAGUUGACCAGCGAACUGAACUACGCAGUAGAAACGCCCCACCCCACCCCCGUCUUGCCUCGGGUGAGCGAUUAUUGAAAUAAUAUCACGUGUCGGAAUAUUAAGUUCAUUGGAUUCAGAUAUCACAUGGUAGUGAUUCUCCAAUAAGCAAUUAGGAUAGAAUCACAAUAAAGGCAGUUGCAAAUGUUAGACGCUUCCUUUUCAAGAUCGACUCUUAAGUUAGCACUGUCAAUUUAGAGUACCUUAAACCCGGCUUUUCUAAAGAAGCGCUGAGCCCUGAAAAGCCACGAAGUAAAGAAUUGGAGAAUUCACAUCCACCAUUGAAGUGAUCCCAUUGUAUCGCAUUGCUGUUCGUCCCCUUAUGUGAACGCACUGAGAAGCGUUGAGCCCUGAGAAGCCACGAAGGAUAGGACCAGAGAAUCCACUUCCACACUGAAGUGAUCUCAUUAUUGAAUGAUCUAACCCAGGCCUGCACAACUCAAAAUGUAAGGUGGGCCGUAAUACUUAAUGAAAAACUUGUGCGGGCCAAAAGAAAAUAGGACAGGAAUUGUGCGGGCCAAACGAAAAUAGGACGGGGAAAUCGAUUAAGAAAAUAAUAAGAAUAAAGAAUAUUUCGUUACUUCGUGGGCCGUAAAGUGGGUGCUUGUGGGCCACAUGCAGCCCGUGCACCAUAUGUUGUGGAGGCCAGACAUAUCCAGAUUAUCAGAGCUGCUUCAUAAAGUAACGCUCUGUCAUCUACUUUUGUGUACGCCCUGAGAAGCCACGAAGUAAAGAAUCAGAGGAGCUACCUCCCCAUUGAAGUAUGGCUGUCAUCUACUUAUGUGAGCGCCCUGAGAAGCCACGUUGUAAAGAAUCGGAUGAGCCACCUCCACCUCGAAGUGAAACUACCACUGAUCAAGCCAGAUAAUCAGAACAAUGGACUGAUAAGUUAAGUUUGAAAGGUCUGAUCGCAUAUGAUUGUAAUACAAAGCAAAGCCACUGUUAUGAUGAGAGAUAGGCUAUUCGGGAGGCCAUUGUCCAUAAUAAAAUAGAACCUAGAUUAAUUUAUAAAAGUUGUUUUGCAUAUCCUUCACUAUCAUGCUAUAUAUUAAUACGCCUGUAAAUAAAUAAGUUCAUUUCAUUUACUGAGAGGUGUUAUGAAGUAUUUGAUAGUUUAAGGCUCAAAUGAGUUAAUUAAUUAUGUCCCUUAGUGGGUGAACUCGAUAUAACAAAAUACCCCAAGACAAAAGCAGGUGUGACACUCAUCAGAGAGUUGUUCCAACACCCCCUAAUAUAAAAUUAAUUUCACCUCAAUAUUAAAGCCAACUAAAUAAUUAUAUGUUUGGAUUUAGUACAUCCCAUUUACAAUUGUACAUGGAAAGGGAGAUAACAAGUAAAUAAUUAAUCACACUAAAAUAUGAUACCUUGAAUGGCUUUUAAUUUAUGAUUAAAAAAUAUGAGAUUUCCUGUAGUGGUGUAACUAAGGUUAUUGCCACCCGUGGUGGGCCAAGAUUUUUGCAGUUUCCACACAUAAAAAAUUGAAGUUUGCCAAAUAUGCAGCCCCUCAAAAUAUAGCAACACUAAUUGCUACCUGCCUGUACAUGUACUAAACUCUGGGGUAAUCUUGAAUAUUACUAAGCAUUGUAAAUUCAAUGACAUAGCAUAUUUUGUUAUAAAAAUGAUUUCUUGUUAAAUAAUUUUUAAAAAACUUACUAAAAUUAAUUAAACAGCUUAGACUUAGGCCUAAUAAAUAAACAAGAAAAAUCACUAAAAAAUUCAUAACUUUUCUUCUAUAGGAGAUAAUCUUGGUGUUUUCGAGAAGCUGCCAGCUCUUUUCUAUGAUUCCCUUGUAUGUUAUUUGCACAUUGGUGAAGAAUCAACACUUCUCAAACCUGCUUCUAUUCUACAUAUAUUUCAAAACUUUCCACAUUUCAUUGUUCAUUAAUACUUGUGGCGAUUUUGGAAAAGUGAUUAAUUAUAAACUGGUGGUGUUUUGUGCAGAUUUUCAGUAAUUUUUACUUGCAAUAUAUACUUUUUAAAAUAAAUGAUUCAAUAAUAAUUUAAAAAAAAAAUAUCUGAUUACAAUUCUAAAAACAUUUAUAAAGGCUACAUUCAUUUCCCUUUCAAAUGAUAUACAACACUUUAGGUCUAGCAUAUAUAUUAGGCUCAGGAAAAAUGAGAAUAUGAUUUGAUUUGAUAUUGAAAAUUUACUUUGCAUUUUUCUGCUGCUAAAUGUUUUUCUAAAAUAUGUGUAAUUUUUAAAAAAAUCAAACUUGAAGAAAAUUUGUAGAUUUAUUGUUUAUUUAAUAUAAUUUCUGUGUAAAAAAACAUUUUAUCAAUUGGUACACACAUUUUUAAAAGACUUAUAGUAAUUUGACAUUUGUGAAUUAUUUCUUUUUAUAUAUAUUUUUGUCUGUGCUGUUGUCAAAAAAUUAAAAAAAAAAAAAUUAUAUUCCAAAUUUAUAUUAAAGUAAUUUAUAGAAAAGUACUUUCCAUUAAUAUCCAACAUUUGAGGAUCUUUUAAAUGAAUCUCGGGAUUUAAAUGAAACUAUAACAGUGUUUUUUUUUCUGUGCCUGAAAGUGCUGGGUAAAAUGAUAUUGAUGCUUUUAGGUCACCGUUGUAUUGCUGUGCGCAGUAACACCCACAACUGAGACUAUGCGAAAGGAAAGAUGGCGAUCUUGAUCCAUUUCUGAGGCAUACAAUAAAAUUGCUAUUUUUUCCUCGUUUUGUUGGUAGUGUACUACUUUUCUACCUUCACUUUGCAAAGUUUGUAAGGAACAUUAGACUACGAUUUAUGAGUGAGCCUCGGAAGAAAAACAUUCUUCUGGACUCUUAAACGUAUCCCAACAAAAUUAACUAAAUUUGAUUCCUGUUCAUCAUGAAUUAUGCUUAGGUCAGUAAGGGAGCAUCAAUGUCUGUUCAUUUUCAAAUUAUGCUUAGGGCGCAUCCUGUUCCUCUAACUACUUCCAAAAUAAACUAUUCCUGUUUCUGAAUUGGGUUACCGUUUUGUGAACCACAAAAUUUCUGCAUGAUCUAUGCCUAUAUUAUAAUAAAAUAGUUUUUGUUAAAAGUAUAUCCUAUUACACAAGCUAAAUUAUGACAACAAAGACUUUUUUUAGUAAAGAUUAGGGUUGCACCAAUUUAUUUUAGGUAAUGUACCUAAUCUGCAAUUUUGCUUAUAUAUUGGCAUUUAAAAAAAAAGAAAGACAACUGGGAAAACCAUCUUUGGAUUCAGAAAAACCUUUCCUGAUUAUUGGAUAUCAGAAAAUCCUAUCUAGAUGAUGAUGAUACUUAUAUGUAGCUUGAUAUGAUAUAAUCUAAUCUAUUGGCAGUUGUCUUGCUGUUCAAUUGGUAUGUCUAAAACCACAUGAGGGUGAGGACAUAUGGAUUCUUCUGUUUUCAGACUUUGACUGCUUACAUGAAUUAAUGUGGCCAUUUAUUUUUAGAUGAAUUUAUAUUGCUUGUACAAUAUGCAAUGACUUAAUGUAGAAUGUACAGUUUAUUCAAAGGAUCCUAGAGUUAAGUUCAAAAUUUAAAAAGUUUACCAUAUAAAAUAUAUAUAUAUAUAUAUAUAUAUAUAUAUAUAUAUAUAUAUAUAUAUAUAUAUAUAUAUAUAUAUAUAUAUAUAUAUAUAUAUAUAUAUAUAUUCAAAAUUUAAAAAGUUUACCAUAUAAAAUAUAUAUAUAUUAUAUAUAUAUAUAUAUAUAUAUAUAUAUAUAUAUUUAUAAUUUUUAAAUGUGCCAUUGCCAUACCCAUGUUUGACCUAGCCAGAGGUUGAGCUGGACAGUGGUAUAUGUUUCCUUUUUAGGAUGCAUACUCACUCAUAAACUUCUGUUCACUAAUUGGAAGUUAGAAUUUUUAAAUAGUUGUUAUUUUAUUACAGAGUCUUACAAUGAUGUGUUUUUUUAGAUGCGUUUGUUGGAUAGUCAGUCGUGUUGUGGAGGGGUUUUUGAAACAGGGCUUUUAUAACUUUGUUUUUAAUUAUCUGAUGCAGUCUAGGUAUUUUCAGACAGGCCUUUUAUAAUUUUUUUUUAAUGAUCUGAUGCAGUCUAUGUAUUUUUAGACAGGCCUUUUAUAAUUUUGUUUUUAAUAAUCUGAUGCAGGCUAGGUAUAAAUGAGAGAUUACUCGUUGCCUUUUAAGCACACCAAAAAUAAAGUUUUUAUAGCUAGAUCGCUGCAAUAAUUUUACAAAUUCUACAUUUUAAUCAAAUUUUAUUUUAAAUUGUUACUUCCAUGUAAGGAUGAAUUAAUAGACUUCAUUUAAAUAAACAGAUUACAGUGUAAAAAUAAGCUUUUACUAAAAAACUUUCUUGGUUUCAUUUUUUUGGCUUGUCAAUCAUUUUUCCUUCUUUCUAAGCUAAAACUUGAACUGAUGAUUCUGCAAUAUUGUUAACAAUGCAUCGUAAGGAUUUUUCAUUUUUACUAAAAUUGAUUUUUCAUUUCUUUUGACAGACCGAAGAGAACACUGAACAGCAAAAAAUAUGGGGUAGAUUUAAUUCGCUAUACACAUGCACAAAAUACAGCACUUCAUUGUUCCACUAAAGUGGAUGGUAUGUAUAUGUUUUGUUUUCAUACCAUUCUAAGUAGAUCUCUAUCAAACUCAUAAGCUGCAUGCAUACUGAAACCUUCUGUUCUCAAACCUCAAGUAUUUACGCCUGCUCUUAGUUCUUCAUUUUAACAAAUCAUACAUACUUAAUCCAAGUAUAAUUUUAAAUGCAGUGUUCUUUCUACUUCUAAUUUUAUACAAUGUCAACGUAAAAAAAAUAAUAUCAGUUUUGCAAUUUUUUGCGGUCGAAAAAAUUAUUUUAAUUACUGUCAUAUUUGCAAUGUCAUGUCAAAAUAUAGUUUGUUUUUCACAUUAAAACAAUAUAGUUACAAUGUGACUCUAAAAUAAGUAAUACAAGUUGUAAGUAUUUUUUGGCAUUAUUAAUGUUUUCUGCUUUUGCAAUGCCUUAUGCUCACACAAGCACAGCUUUGACAGAGCAUACAUCUGUCCCUGUCAAACAGGAAAAAUGAAUUAUCUUCUAGAUCUUCAAAGCAUUGAAAACUUUAUUUCUUUACUUUUUUCUUUCAGAUACAAUACGUUAUUUAUCCCUUCAUGAUAAUAAAUACAUACGAUAUUUUCCAGGGCAUACAAAAAAGUAAGUGGCAGAUAAUUUAGAUCAGAUUACAAAUCUUUAAAGGAAAUAUAGGGUCAAGGAAAUAAAUGAAUCCAGUCAAUCCAACCUAAUACUGAUUCUUAUUGCUGGAUCAAAGGAUAUACACAAUUUUUUUUUUUUAAACAUAAUUUAGUGGUUCCCAAAUAGUGCACUGCAGUCCUGGGGGGGGGGGGGGGUUAUAUGAAUGAAAUAUUGCAAAAUGUUUAUACAUUUAUUUAGAUAUUUAGAAUUUAAUGUGACAAAACGUCAUACUAACAAACCUGCUACGAAAUGAUUAUAUCAAUGUAUUUGCCUUGGCUCAAGAUCCAUUUAACUAAAUUUUGGAUAGUAAAAAAUAAAUAUCCCAUUCUGAGUUGUAUAGCUGGGAAUUUUUACAAAUUCAAUUUGCUACUUAUUAUACUUGCUUAAUUUGCUAAUGCUUAUGUCUCCAUUAGAGUGGUCACCUUGUGUAUGUCCCCUAUAGAUGAUGCAUUUAUUUCUGGAUCAAUGGAUAAGACAAUCCGACUCUGGGAUUUAAGGUCACAGAACUGUCAGGUACAAUUUAAGAAUUAUAAAAUGAUUGCAUGAAAAUGUAAAUGUUCAAACUGUUAUCUUCAUAGUAUAUACAUCUUUUUAACAAAAAUCUCCUCCAAGUAUUUACUGUUCAAACUUGCUACUCUUGUAUCAUCUUUUAAUGUGUCUCUGAAUUGCAAGUAUUUAUGUCUUCCACAGCUGAAAUAUUCAAAUUUUUUUAAGAAUGUUGACAUUAAAAGCUUGUAAAAUUAGUAUCUGGAAAACAAAAAUGUCCAAUUAACUGUCUAAAUUCAAUAUAAUUACAUGUCUAGAGUUUUUCAUUUUUACCUGAAGUAACAAUCAUGUUUGAUCUAUCCUUAUAGGAUUUAUAUUAAAUGUUUACCCAAUGAGCCAUCAUACGUAAUUGCUUAUUUCAGGUUAUAAUAGUAUUACUAUGGUACAAAAUACAAUUUGUCAAUUAAAAAUUGGCUUAUAAUUUAAAUCUUAAAAUACAUUUGUUACCCAAUGAAAGCUAUAACCAUUUUAUGAUUUUUUAAUAACAAGUUCGGUGAUAUAUCUCAAAGAAAUAAGCAGCUAUUUUAUAUCAAGAAAAACUCGCCUGUUUCUGUAUUUUUAGAAUAGAAAAUUGAAAACCUGCUGAUAUACAUGUGUCAUAUUACUAUUUGAAAUUAAUAAAUUAAAUGCUUUAGAAACAAUUUGCAAUGUAAAUUUCAAAUCUUUUCCUCAUGAAAACAUAGCCCAAAGGUUUUUAUCUAAUAAAAAAUUAGCCCUGACUUAACUAAAAAAUUCUACUUAGGUCAAAUUUUUUUACAAAGCUGUUGUUAAACUAAAACAUUCUACAUAGGUCAAUAUUUUUACAAAGCUGUUGUUAAAUGAAUAAUUUUAUGUAAAUGUUUUUUUAUGUCAUGAAUCUUUUUUUUUCAUUUUGCUUAUUUUUAUGUGAAGCGUGGUGAGCCUAGCUCUAGACUGGAGUUCAGCGCUAUACCAGACCUCUUUAAUAAUAAUAAUAAUAAAUAAGAUCAAAAACAAGAUAUUUGAAACCCUUCAAUGUCAUAACAAAAAAGGCAGGUUAGGGACCCAUUUUCCAGAAGAUGGUGGCAGCCUUGGUAUUUCUCGACCCAGCCCCAGGGAACUAGUCAGUAGCAUCUGAUAAUUGAAUUUAAAGCUAAUUAUAUUUUUAUUUUAACCUUUAUGCACUAAUUUUUCUAAUUAAGCUGUCAAUACUAUUUAAUAUUCCUUUGAAAUACUACAUCAAACAGGGACUGAUGCAUCUGUCUGGGAGGCCUGUUGCAGCUUUUGAUCCCGAAGGUCUAAUUUUUGCUGCUGGUGUAAAUUCAGAAAGUGUGAAGCUCUAUGAUCUCAGAUCAUUUGACAAAGUAUGUACUGUUUUUUAAUUCUUGAGAACCAUUGCCUAAAAUAUUUGUAAAUGCUGAGGAUAAUUUAAAAACAAAGUUGUACGCUCUCAGUUUGUAAUUAAAGACGGUGAUGUGUGAUUUGACAGGGUCCCUUCACAACGUUCAAGCUCCCUCAAGACAAAGAGUGUGACUGGACAGGUCUCAAGUUCAGUCCUGAUGGGAAAAUGGUUUUAAUCUCUACAAACGGCAAUGUGAUUCGACUCAUUGAUGCUUUUCAGGGUACUCCUCUUCAGGCUUUUAUGGUAAUCAUGUAUUAUUAUUAAUUUAGAUUAGUCGUAUCAGAAAAGUGAAUAAGAUUUUACAUUAAUUUGAAUAAAGAUGAGAGAAGAACUUUUUAUUUCUAUAACUUAUACAGUGGAAGAACCUGUUGCGAACUUCUUAAAGGACUUUGCCAUGUAGCAAACUUCAGCAGUAGGUGCGUUUGCUGAAUGGGCAGUUUGAGAGGCUCCAUGUUAUCCCCAAACAUCGGGCCGCGGACCGGUACCGCGUGGAUCAAAUGGUUCAGGGCCGCCCAAGAAACAUUAAAUUAUUUCCAUUUUAUAAGCUUGCCAGAUUUUCUGGAUGAUAAGUACGGACGUAUGGACACAGGCUCACAGCAACCAGAAUCAUACAGGCGGCUGGGGUGGGGGUGGUGUUGUUGUGCUUGAUUUUUUUUUGGGGGGGACACUCCCCCCAAACUCGUAGGUACAAGUAACUGUUAGCCUUCAUCCCUAAAAAAACCACCAAAGACAUCAAACGAUUUAAUGUGUAAUUGUGAUGUCACAGGAUAAAUAUUUUUUUAAAUAAUGAGUCGCGUGUUUGUGCAGCCGACAAUUUGGCCAGCCCAGUGGUCCUCAUAUUAUGCGUCACUCUGGGUGCCAUGUUGCUCUCAGGCAGAGCCAUGAGAAAAGGGCAAAGAGGGCAGUCACAGCUGGCACCAAAUUCAUCUUUAUAUGGUAUCUUAAUAGUGAAUGAAAAUAUCAAUGGCGGAAUACCCUGAGAUUGCCACCACAGCACUUAAAUCCCAUUGCCAUUUCCGACAUCCUAUCUGUGUGAAGCGGGGUUUUCUGCAGUGACAGCAACCAAAACAAAACAACGGAAUAAACUGGAGAUAAGCAACACACUUCAGGUGUCAUUGUCUCCUAUUACCCCAAGAUGGAACCGUCUCGUUGCAGAAAAACAAGCUCAUGGUUCUCAUUAAUUUAGCGUUAUAGUGAGUUAAAAUGAUCCAUCAGUUGAUAUUCAUUUUUGAUGUAACUGUAUUUUAUUUUGAAGGCAUGUUUAACUGCAAUUAAAUAAAAAUUAUAAAUCAAAACAAUCCAAAAUAUAAACAAUCAACACCUCCAACCGCUCAGCAAGCCGCUGUAAAAUUAUCAAACGUUGACCGGUCCGCUGCGAUAAAAAGUUUGGGGAUGACUAGUCUAGGAGAACAGCACUAUAUGAUGUAUGCUGUUGUCCAUAUGGUUGAACACUCUAGGCUUAAAGCCUAGGAAUGGAUAAGCCGACAGACAUUAAUCAAAACUUAAAAGUUUGUCAGCUACUUGAAAAAUAUUCCCCACUGAGAGAAUUAUAAAGUGCAAUAGGUUCACAGAAGAAAGUCAGUUACUAUCUCUAAAUCAGGAAAUCCUGAAAAGGAUUGCCUGUAUUCAACUGAACAUCAAGUUCCAGAAAUGGGAACAUUUUAGUUGCAUUAUCAAGUGGGGAGUGGUUGACGGCCGGUUUGGUUGGCGGGGUGGUGCGUUGGGGAGGACCAUAUGAGCCUCAAGGCUCGGUGUUCGCUGAUUUUCUUAAGUUAGUUAGUUAGUUAGUUAGUUGCAUUAUCAUGGUUUCAGUUAAGUGUGUCUCGAAUGGGAAAAGCAUGUGUCAUAUUUGUUGAACCAGGGACCAAAUAAACCAGCCAUCACUGUGAUGAUGUUGGCUUUGUAAUAUUUAAGCUAAAUGUGGUUGCCUUAACUGGAAGUUGCAACAGGACAGAACUUCUCAAACAGACAGAAACACAAUUAACUUGUUGCAUAAGGAUAAUAAUAUAAUCACCUACAUUUAGCCAGUCAUGUCGCCACCUAACAGUCCUGAUUUAAACCCAGUUGUUUAUGCCAUGUGGGGAGCUCUGCAGGAAAACGUUUAACUUCAGGGAAAAUGUGCAAGUUUAUCAGUUGAAAGUGGCAAUAGUCAAGCAAUGUAGAAAACUUUUGCAAUGCUUUAUUGACAGAAGCAUAAACGAAUGGUGCCAACAUUUGGAAAAAGUUGUUGAAGACAAGGGAAAACAUACUGAACAAAAUAUCUUAUUAUUAAAAUUGUUGAGCAUAUAACUGCAAAAUUACAAAACAAUUACUACAAUAAUUAAACCAUAUAUUAUACUACUGUAUCACUUAUUCGGUUUACCCUGUAUAUAUAAUUUUAAUUUUUACUCAUAUAUUAUUGUUGAAUAAAUAAAUAAUCCUUAAAAGAACACCAUAGUAAAAAAAAACAGUAGAAAAUAACUUAUUUGUUGUAGAAUCUUGAAAUUGUGUGUAUUAAUGUAUAGAAUUUAACAGCCUAGUCCCUGGCUGGCAAGCCACAAUUUCACGUAUCAAUAGUUUUUCAUGAAAUAUUUAUUUCAACAAUUUUGCUUCAGGGAUUUACAAAUCACAAAGGCAUUCCAUUAGAAGCUUCAUUCACUCCAGAUGCAAGAUAUGUUUUCUCAGGUAGGUUGUUGUUGGGCACAUAGUAUCUUCAAUGAAAUUUUAAGUCAGGACAUUGGAAUGUGUUAGAAUUAUGCACAGAAAAAUAGUAAUUGACUUAAAGAAUUUUGCAAUAUUCAUUUUUAAUUUUUAUUGAUUUAAAAUUUAUGAGACUUGUAUUUCACAUCAAGCAGAAACUGAAUGUGCAUUUGUAAUUUAGCUAUUAAUGACUGACAUACCAUAUUUAUUGGCGUGUAACACUCACUUUUUCUCCCCGAAAAUAGGGGGCAAAUCAUGUAUGCGUGUUAUACGCCGAUAUAAUGUUUAGUUUUUUCCCUGAAAUUACCUUCUUAAAUUGAGGUGUGUGCUAUACGCGGGCGUGUUAUACAUCAAUAAAUACAGUAAUUUAAAUUUUUACCUUUAUAUCUAUGUCAUGGAGAAUAAGUGUAAUUUUUUAGUUUACAUAAUACAUCUUUAAUAUAAUCCUAUAUAAAUGUAUAUGUAACUAGGAUCAACAGAUGGUAAAGUUCACUGCUGGAGCACAGAAUCUGGUGUUAAAAUGGCCAUCUUGCAGUCUGAUCAUCCAGGACCUAUUCAAUGUAUUCAAUUCAACCCCAAAUAUAUGAUGAUGGCAUCUGCAUGUCAAAAUAUGGUUUGUGUUUUAUUCUAUCAGUAAAACUUAAUUGAAUGUACACUUUUUUAAGGAUUUCUACGUUAGAGAAUAUUGGCUUAGGGGCCAACCAUUUAGUACAUACACACUGAGGGGGUGGAGGUUUAGUGGACAGGUACAGAUGGCAGAGGUUUGUCUAGGUAGAAAGAAUAUACAUUUAUUUACACCUUCUGCAAUAAUAAACGUGAAAUUCUGAUCAUCCCUAAAUAGCAUGUAGUUUUUAUCUCUAAUGCUUGAACAAUAUCACACAAUGUUUUGUGUUUGUCGUACUGUAGCUUUGGGUGUACUGAAGCUUUGGGUUUUCGCAAGUGAACUUGCUAGAUAUCGCACUAGUGACAGAAAUAUUUAGAUCAUUGUUUGCUUUUGUAUAAUUUCUUUUCAUGUUUCUUUGCAUGUGAUAUAAUUAUUUUGAUUGGCUAAGCCAGCGAUUCCUAAAAUUUUUCAAUUCUCACAUUUUUUAAAGGAAGGAACUCUGUAAAACUAUUUUGUUUCUUUCUAUUGAAAAGUUAAAAAUUUCUUGUGUUUAUAUUUUUGAAAUUUUUUGUAUCAAGCUAAAAUUUGUGUAUGUUUUUUUGUUCAAACAAUCCCGGUACUCAUGGUAGAGAUAAUUAUGAUAGUAGAGCUAUCUGUUAAAGUAAAGGACUAUUCUUAAUUCUAGCAGCACAAGUUUGAGACUAAAUAACCGGUAUUAUAUGAAUAUACUUUUAUUAAUCAUUUAUAUUCACCCAAAUAACUUGAUUUUUCUUACUGAAAGCAUAUUGUUUUAUGUGUCUGAAAAACUGCUGACAAAUAGGACCUAACAGUCGGCGUGGGUUUGAGUGGCAGGCAGAAAAGCACUAGCACAUUUUCUACUCAAAUUUUAAAUGUCAAGGUCCAUAUCAUUUUACAUAGCUCACAGAAUUCCCAAAGUCAUGUUACAUGAUUACUUUUCCAAUUUACUAUCAGAAUAUAUACAGCGCCAGAUUUCCCAUAAGGCCAAAUACGUAGAAAUGAACAAAUAUUUACAAAUUUUAAAGUAUUAAUUUGAAAAGGCCAUAUAGAUUGCUGUUUUUUACAUACACAUUAAGUAAAUUGAGCAGUUCAUUUAUGUUCCCCAUCACUAUAGCUUGCGCCGUCACAGACAAAAAGCAUUUGCUAAUUCUCUCUCACUCAUUUGGUUGUAACUACGUGGUAAAGGAAAAAAGUGGUUCCAAGCGUUUCAUUUUGCAGUGAUGUCCCUUGACUUAAUGCUGCUCUGGUGGGGAAAAGAGGAAGGGGGGGGGGAUCACAACAAACACACCCCGCCAUCCCCACCCCUCAUACAUAAAUUAUACGAAUAUUCUGUAUGGCAUUGCUUUUAAAGAGUACUAUUAUUGUAACCUAAAUAUUAUGCAGCAACAGUUUCUUCCUUUGCCUAUCUAAACAAUCUUCAGCUUGCCAAUGAGCAAACCCAACUUACGAAAAAGGUCGCUGAUUUGGGAUGUUUAAAACAAUAAGAAAAACAAAAUUGGAGUCGACACUAACACUGGGAAACGUAUACACGGGCAGUGGUGACAUUAGGGUUGGUGUCACCCUCUCCAGACUUCUCCCUUAGACCUCCUUCGAGUCUGCUUUCUCUGGUGGCACUCUCCUCUGGUGCCACGCUGCUCUGAUGGCAACCUGAUCAGGUGGUACCCUGCUGUUGUGGAAAUAAAUAUAGACUGAUGGAGACAAAUGAGGAGAGGGCUAGUGUAGUCAGCUACCAAAUAGCCGCCCAGCUACUGAGCAUCCCAAGAAUAAAGAUGGAGACAAAAGCCAGGCUAAUUAACAUUAUCUUCAUUCCAACCCUUACCAGUGGAAGUCCUCGGCUCUGAUUAAAAGUCUAGAAGUCAGCAUCGUAUCUCACGGGUGAAUAUUUUUCACUCUCAAGGUGAGCAGCUGAAAAAAUGAGAUGGGACCACAAUCCGAAACAGGAGAAAAAAUAUUUGGUGCCAUUGCAGUAUAUGUCCAUGUAGCAAAUGAAUUAGUUUGGCCAGCUGGUCAGAAUGCCUGUCAACCAACCUUCAUUGCAAGCUACUACAAUAGUCUUUAUUCAGGUUUCACAGCCAGAGGAGGACCGCACUGAAUAACUUUGUAAAAGAUACACCCAAAAAUCUACAGCAUGAACCACCAGCAGGCUUCACAACUUGCGGCAAAUCAACCGUACCUCCCUGCUGCUGCCCUGAUUCCCUCGAUAAAAGCGAAUAGCAGAAGAAGUUCUUGGUUAGAUGUCGCGUUCUGUUACAUUGGAUAAAAAAUGAAAAAUAAAAUAAAGAUAAUGGUGUUUCAUGGCACCCCUGUGAGGAGGCGUUGGCUCCCCGGGGUGACAAGGCCCAUAUUUUUCGAACCACUGGGUUAUGCCAUGGAGACAGCGGAGAAAACCGGUGACAGAUCUUUUACUGUGACACCAUAUUUGUCUAUACACUUAUUGGGGGUGGGUGGAGUGUGCAUGAGCAGGGAGGUGGGGGGUAUUAAAAAUAGUAUGUAUGCAGUGGGGGGAGAGAGGUUGAAAUUAUAUUUUUUUUUGCAUACCACUAUGUACUAUGUUGUUGGCCCCUUAUAGUUAAAGGGAAAAUUGGUCACUGGAGGGAGGGGGGGGGUAUUAAAAAUAGUUUGUAUGCAGGGGGGGGAGAGAGGUUGAAAUUAUAUUUUUUUUUGCAUACCACUAUGUACUAUGUUGUUGGCCCCUUAUAGUUAAAGGGAAAAUUGGUCACCCACCCUACUGUAUUAUGAAAUACUGGUAUGAAGAGAAUAUUGGUCACACACUGAAUUAAAUGUUUCCCUUUGUUUGUUUAACUUUUAUUAACUUCAUUUUUGCAGGCAUUUUGGCAACCAGCUGUUGAUGACUGAUGUCCAAGACAUAAUUUUUAACGCUCUGAAACUAGCUUCAAACAAUUUUGUGUUUACUGACACUUUGUUGUGUAGUCGGUAUUGAAUCACACCACCAAAAUAAUGACGCCCAUUGCAUUGAAUGUAUUAUAUUUCUUUUGUUUUGAUAAAAAUCAUGAUAUUUUUCAUUUCCCAUAGUUUAUUGUGAGGGUUAUUUAAUUUUAAAAAUGUCAAACUUUUGAUGUUCUAAAAUAUGAAACUUUACUUUUUCAACCAUCGAUUGGUAAAACUAUUUAAGCUACAAUUCAGCAAUAGUAAAGCAUGUUAAUUUUAACAAAAUCUGCUCAUUCCUGAGAUUUUUAUUUGCCAUUUACAAACCCACUCACUCCAAAAAUAUUUGAAUAGAAGUGGAAAUUUAAGUGUAGGAUGUUAGUUAAAAUGUAAAUAAAUAUAAAUAGUCUGAUGUUCAACCAUUUAUAACUCUUAAAGUUUGAUGAUAUUAUCCAAAAAAACACAUUCAUGAAUUUUUAUGUUAUGGAUGAAAAUAAAAACAACUACUUUCAAGUAACUAUUAAACGUUAUUUGAGCUGCAAACAUUUUUUAUUUCAUUUUAUCACUCGGUUCAAUUGAAUCCUUCCUUAUUUUAUAUUUAAUCCAAAUGGAAUGAUUAUGAAACUUUUGAUUAAACUUGUCAAAGUGAGCAGCUAAAACUUAACAUAUCUGAUUAUUACUUUGUUGUUUCAUUCACUUGUCUUAUAAUUUAUACGUCUCCGAAUGUUAUUUUAUCCAGUCAGUAUGUCAAAAAAAUCUAACGGCACACUGCUACAAUGAAAAAUUUCAAGUGUUCAGUAAUCAAAUAAAAUAACAUUCGUUAUAACUCUCGGUUGUUCUAUAAAUAAAUCCACUACACUGCUAUUAGAAUUGCUUUCAGUUGUUGGUCAUUUUAUGUGAAUAGUUAACAAAUAGUCUCAUUACUUAAAUUGCACCUGAUGUUGAAAAUAAACUGCAUUUUUUUUUACUUUG